UCGGAGCAAAAUAGACUCGAAGAAGAUUGACCAACAGAUCUGCUGCACCACUUCUAGCAUUAACUGCACAUGGACACAAGUAGCCACUUUUUACCUAAUUUUCCUGCCUUUUUUGUAUAUUUCAAAUUUCUUUUCAUUCCAAAUCCUCAAUUUUUCAUUUAGCAAAGAAGUUUCGCGACUAGUUUCCUCUUCCUCCUUUUAAGAAGCACAGUCCUAAAAAGACUGUGAAAUAUAAUUUCGACAAAAUGGACGCCAGAGCUUUGAGAAACCCUUAUCACGACUAUGACGGGAACCCCGCGUGCGCGCAGGCCUUCUUCGACUCCCAUGGAAGGAUCACGGCGGAGUUUGCUCAGCGGCUGAGCAGCAAGAUCAGCGAGCUUCUGGCUGUCCUGGAGAACGGGCUGAGGCGUGCUGACCCAGGAGACGCUACUGUUUACACCGGCUGGGCAGGCAUCGCUCUGCUCUACCUGCACCUCCAUGACGUCUUUAAAGAAGAGUCCUUCCUCCAUAAAGCGCUGGACUACGUCAGCCGCAGCCUCCAGUGUUUGACCCGGCGCCAUGAUGUCACCUUCCUGUGCGGGGAUGCGGGGCCACUGGCUGUGGCUGCAGUGGUUUACAGCCGCAUGCAGAGGGCGCAGGAGGCCAGCGACUGCAUCAGCCGGCUCGCGCAGUACCAUAAGGUGGUGGUGGAUGGCUCCAGCGGCCUGCCGGACGAGCUGCUUUACGGGCGGGUGGGCUACCUCUACUCUCUCGUCUUUGUCAACCAGCAGCUCGGGGGAGACAGGAUCCCAGGGCAGUUCAUCCAGCAGAUCAGCGAGACCGUCCUCGCAUCAGGGGAGCUCCUAAGCAGGAAGUUCCGGGUUCAGAACCAGAGCCCCCUUAUGUUUGAGUGGUACCAGGAGCAGUACGUGGGGGCUGCGCACGGUCUGGCCGGCAUUUAUUACUUCCUCAUGCAGCCCGGCUUCGUCCCCGCCGUGGAGCACGUGCACCGCCUGGUGAAACCCAGCGUGGACCACGUGUGCCGCCUCAAGCUCCCCUCAGGGAACUACCCCCCGUGCAUCGGGGACGAGCGGGACCUGCUAGUGCACUGGUGCCACGGUUCCCCAGGAGUGAUCUACAUGCUGCUGCAGGCACACAAGGCGUUUGGGGUGCCUCAGUACCUGGAGGAGGCCCUGCAGUGUGGGGAGGUGGUGUGGAAAUGGGGCUUGCUGAAGAAAGGCUACGGGCUGUGUCACGGGGCGGCGGGCAACGCCUACGCCUUCCUCGCCCUCUACCGACAAACCCAGGACCCCAAACACCUUUUUAGGGCCUGCAUGUUCGCUGACUGGUGCAUGAACUACGGCAAGCAUGGAUGUCGAACGCCAGACACGCCCUUUUCCCUCUUUGAAGGAUUGGCCGGUACCAUCUACUUCCUGGCUGACAUCCUGCAGCCUUUCAAAGCCAGGUUCCCAGGGUUUGAGCUGUAGAAAGUGUCCUUAGGUAGUGCUGACCCCAAACCCACCAUCACCGCAUGAAACUCACACACAUUAUUGUUCUCAGUGCUGUUUAGGUUUUUUUCCCGCUUUUACGCAACAAACUAGAUGUCCUGCUUUGUCAGAGUAAACCUCAUAUUGAAUUGCAGAAAAGCUCAAACAAGUUAACCGUUUAAGCCAGGGGCUCGGCAACCGUUACCACUCACGAGCCAUUUGGAUCGGUUUCCCACAGAAAUGAAGACACAGCAACACCCUUUUGGAAAACCCGGUGUUUCCAGUGAACGCCAUCAUUUCAAUCGUUUUUAAAGUUCCUGGAGAGAUGCUCACUUUUUUUUGUAUCCUCUGUCAUUUGAUGGAACCCGAUGGAAAAACUAUUUCCCGAGAGGCCUCACAAAAUCAGCAGAUGUGUCGUAAUUAACCAGCAGUUCAUCUGCUUCUCCAUUAGAUUUUUGAUGGCAAAUAACAUUUCUCUUUGGGCAAAAGCUGCGUGUUUAUUCUGCCACAUAUGUGACUUUGCUGUUUCUAAUUCCUCGUUACAUAUUAUUCAUACUGGUAAAGUCGUUGAAAGCAAACAAAUCUGCCCAGGUGCCAAGAAACGUCCAGUUUUUCUUCUCAGAAUUCUCCAUCGUUGUCCUACCUGGGUCGGGACAAUGUUGGAAUACCACGCCGGUGGGAGUCGUGGCGGCGACGCGGGUCGAUAUUCACAUAGAACUUUACUUAGAAAAUGUCCUAAUAGUCAGCCUGUUAGUUUUUUAAAAUCACUUUUAUGAGUCGUCCACAAAGGCGAGCCGCUCCCGGAACUAGCAGCUCGCCUGGUUCCAACCUGCUUACAAAAAAAAACAGCUGGUCGACAGAAGACCGGGAGAGGUUCUGCAUGAGGGGGCUUUGAUUCAAUUCUCAUUCAAUGUGUACCGUCUUUUUAGAAGAGCCUUCCAUCCCAUAAUAGUCUCUGGUCCGCAUUCACAGUCGCAGACACGCCCCCUCCACGCGUUAUGCACUCCGAUGCGCGGUUUUACGGUUUUGAUGCGCGAUACAAAAUGGACGAAAGCUUAGAAUUUAGUAGUUAUUUUACCAAACCACAGAGAUGGGCCGAAAGAGCCACACGCGGCUCCGGAGCCGCAGGUUGCCGACCCCUGGUUUAAGCAACAAAACUCUAAAGUUGCUUGUUGGAUGAAGAAGCAAGCAACUGUAAAGCCUCAGGGGGGCAGCAGAGAGCUGCCACAUCUGCAGCACAGAGGAAACUUUGACCUUAACGGCUCAUUUCUUUAAAACGUCAUCGAUAAUCUAGCUUAUUUUGUGAUGUAUUUUGAACAAUAUGAAAUUGGAAACCAAAUUGUAUUUUAGAAGCAACUAGUUCACACUGACUCUACUGUGACCGCUGGCUUAACUAUUCCAGUCUGCUCUAAAAUAAGGAAACAUGUCGAAGGACCAGGAAUCGGCACAAUACACCAGCUGGGGUCUUGAGGAGGAUACUUACUGUACCAGAGAAGAAACCGGACACCGCCCUGCAGGAGAGCGAGUAAAAAUAGAGCUCAUCUGUCCAGGGGAGCGGCCUCUUGGACACCACCGCCACUUUGGAUCACGCUGCUCGCACAAAUUUCAAACAGAAGUUUCUGAACUGUUGACAUGCUAGACCGUCUGACACUAACCCCUUGUUACUGUGAACAAGCUGUUCCUAAUUCCUUACCCCUUUUUUUUUUUGCUUUGUGUGGUGUUAAAAAAUGAUUUAUGAACCGUUAGAAUUUCAUUGCAGAUUGAUUGACUUAAGAGACUGGUUAAAAUUAAUUUGAAGACCACGGUGUAGGGGAAAAAAGGAAUGAAUAUAACUAUAUUUUAGUGAAGAAAAAUGUCUGUUUGUAGGAUGUAAAUAGUUUCAAAAAACUGAAAAAUUAUGUUGAAACCUGCAAAAAUAUUCGCUUCUGUCUGCAGUGGGCUUUAAGAGAACAAACUAAAAGUGGAACUACAGUAAAACAGUGGAUUAAAUGUCAGAUCCUGAUUCUGAUGAGUUAUUUAAAGAACGCUGAUGAAAGCGACUCACAGAAUGAAUUGAAUUAGAACUGCUGCAUUUUUUGUGUGUGUACCCUAAACUUGUUCUAAAACUAUUUUCCAAGACAUUACAUUUUGAGAAGCAUAAUGUUGAAAAUUGUAUUAAAAUUAACUGCAAGUCUGGAUUUAAAACAAAGAAAAAAAAAACGUAAAAUGCCUAUUUCAAAUGUGUAUUAAACUGCAGUUCAUUGUUUGACCACUAGGGGUUGGUUCUGAAAAGAAGUCAUUCCUUUCUUGCAAAUAGACAUACUUUUGCUAAUUGUUGUAACAAAUACUGUUUUCAGUCUCAUGCCGGUGUCAAGAAGCGGCUUUUCCGUCUCCCAAAUCCUUUGUGGAGACUGAUGUAAACACGUUGGUUGUCCGACAGCAGAACGGCCACCAUUUUGCUUCUAACAAUAAAAAAAAAAUGGCUUCAACAUGA